GGGGUAGUUGAUAUGGCUUCUUGCAAAUAUGACUCGCAAAAGUAGAGAACAAAAUUCAGCACUUUUAUGUGAGCAAAUAUUUUCGUGAAAAGUAUUUCGUACCAAUAGUGACAAAAAAUUUGUUUUUAAAUUAAACAACUAAACAGGACGUGACAGGAUCUAUGACUUGAACACUAGUCUAAUCUAAUAAAAUAUUACAAUUAACUUUGACCAAUUGUGGCUUUGAAUUGAGAUGUCAUUGCGUAAUGUAAUUUCAUUAAUUUAGUUUGAGAACUGAGGUCAAGAUUUAAAAAAAAGUUACCCACUAUAGUAACAGAAAGUAUAUAUUUCUUUAUUGAUAAUCAAAGUUACCAAUACCCAACUUGUUAUUAAAUUGUCUAAUAUUCAAUUAUUUAUCGUUACUUUUAUUCAAUUUUAUUUAUUAUACAAUUUUUAUUGUAUGGUUGUAGCGUUGACGAUAUAUUUAAACAAAGACAACAAUAGAGGGUUAUGAUUAAUCAUAUUUUUUAGAGAUUAGAAAUAACAAUAUGUUUAUAUUGUUAUUGAUAAUUUUUUUGGGAAGUGUUGCUUCGAAAGAUAGUUUUUGCCUGAAAAAUCAGACAAUUCUUCAAGUUGAUGGUGAUGCAGUACUAACAGUGUUUAUUGACGCAAGUUCUGGUCCAUAUUGCAAUGAAUCACUUGAAAAAGGCUACCAAGAAGUAUCAACAGUACUUUACGUAAUAUCAAUAUUAAACCGACAUGAUUACAUACCAGGAAUAACUUUAGGAUUGAAGAUGAUUGAUACAUGUCAAGAUCCAGAGUCGGUUUACAAACAUUGUUUGAAGACGACUGCCGAGUCUGAUUGCACAGAAAAUCAAAACCACUAUUACGAUCUUGGAAUCCUUGCACCGGAAAAUUACAUACCAGUUUUACAGCCUCUAUUAGAAUUGAGUGAUCUACCAAUUAGUUAUUAUUUUAACAAAAACACGACAAAUCCACUCAUCCAGGCUGCUGUUCAUUUUGUGAGAGAAAAUUUCAAUGAAAUUGAAUUACUGCUGACAGAUUGUGAUAGUGUACUUGAAUUUUUUUUACGUAAAACAAGUGAUGUAGGUGUUUGCGUUAAAAAUAUCAAUGAUUUAGGUCAAUUGGAUGUUGAAAGUGAUGGAUUGAUUGUCGUAAUUGGUGGUGGAGAAAUUAUAAGAUCAUGGAUAAACGAUAAUAUUAUUUCCAGACAUAAAAAUUGGUUUCUGGUACCAAUUGACGAUUCAAAUCUCGAUGAUAUCGUACCAUUUGGAUCUUAUGUGAUUAAAUCAGAAUCACAUGGUUUGGAAUUUAAAGAUUAUUUAACAGCUGAAUCAAAAAAUAAAACUGUUCAAUCGCCAUAUUUUCUUGGUAUAGGAAAAUCAAUUUUUUCUAUAGCUGAAUUAUUUUCUGAAAUAAAAAAAAACAAUUGUCUUAUUGGUCAAAUGUGUUCGUUGCCUUUUUUCGAUACAAAGCUGUUGAAGAAUCAUACGAUAAGUCAAAUUAUUGACGAGCUUAAGUUACCGUUUGAAACUCAAAUUUCGAAAUACACCGUCUCUCAACAUGUCAUGGGUAUGAUGGAAAACAUAUCGACUUAUAGCGUCAAUAUUGAGACUUUCCAAGUGAUUACAAACCGUUCUUGGACAUCGUUAAUGAAUAAAUGUGAAGAAAUAUCUUGUAGCCAGUGUUUGAAUUUUGAGAAAAAAGAAAUUUCUAAUUCUACCCGGCCGACAACAUCGAGCAAUUUUGAAGUAAUUGAAAAUAAAACAAAAACUUUUAAAACUGGCUUUUGGUUUUUACUUGUUUUAGCACUUGUUGUGUGUGGGACGAUUAUUUCAAUCGCUAUUGGAAUUUUUAUCAUUUAUUCUUACCUAACCAAUGACACUCUUGAUGGAAAUCCAAUGCUGACGAUACUCUUAAUCGUCGCGUGCAUCUCCCUUCUUCAUUCGUCUAUUUUUUUUUUCUUUGAAGAUUAUUAUAUUGGACAUAAUACUCUCAAUUCAAUAAAAAUUUACACUUCAACAUUGUCAAGUGGACUCGUUUUCUCGAUCAUGCUGACGAGGUCCUUUUUUUUGGCAUCUUCCGCCGGUCGAAUUUUCACCAGCCAUGUCAACGGAUAUCUUCAGGGAAUUAUGCUUUUUUUUGUCGCUGGCGUUCAAAUGGGAAUGUCGACGAUGUAUUUGUUGACGAGUUCGGAGAGGUCAAAUGAUACUGUAAGGAGUCCACUUUUCAUCGGCCUAUUAUGCUAUGAUAUUUUUCUACUCUUAUCUCUUCUCGGUGUUGGUAUAUUAUAUCCGAAAACAUCAAGGAAUUAUGAAGAAGGUCGAUGUUUUUAUUUCACCACAAUUGGGAUGACAAUAGUCUGGAUACUAUGGAUAUCGACUUUUUUGCUGGUUAAUCAAGAGUGGCGAGACUUGAUUGUAUCUCUUGGUUUAAUAUCAACUGGUUAUAUCGUUAUUAUUGGUACAUUGGCACCACGUGUCCACUUUAUGUUAAGAGAUAUUCAUGGUAAUAACAAAGCAUCAGUUUAUGUCGAUGGUGAUAGUUUGGGAAUUCACACAACUCAAUCAUCCAGCACUCGGCAGCCAUCAAGAUCUUUUUCUGAUUAUACUUUACCUAUGAAGAAUAUGAUAACCAGCACAACUAGUACUAGUCAACUGCCAGAUCAAAACUAUUAUGCUAACUCUAGUUUUAUGAAUAAAAAAAAACAGUAUGACGAUCGUGGAAAAAGCUAUGUUGAUGGCAAGACUGCUCACUACAAUUCUGGCUAUCAUUCAGAUGGUCAAGAUUCUGAAAACCAUUAUGUUAUUCCAAAAGUUUCAAUUGAAGAUUCUCGAACAAAAAAAAAUUUACGAGCUCAACUAAUUUUAACGAAUUUUGAGUAUGCACAGCCGUACUCUAUAAGUAACUAUCAAGAUAAUUUCAAAAAAAAAAAUAUGGAAACAGACUUCCAUGAUAAAAAAUGCAAUAAAUUAUCAAGCCCAAAUAAAAAUGAUUCUUCACGAAGUCCUAGUCCAAGCUGUUUAAUAACUGGAACAUUUGAAGAAAAAGAAAACCAAGAUAUUGAUACAAUCAAAAUAACACGUUUUUGACCCGAUAAAUCAUCUAACAAAAAGUAUUCCUAUCUUUUGGAACAAGUAUUAUCAUAAUAAUAUUUAUAUCAUAUACCUUAAAGUUGGAAAUGAAAUAAAAUUAAAAGAAUCUAAGCGUAGAUAAAAAUUUUAUGGUUAAAAAAAUGGCCUAAAACUCUGGAAAGGCAUCGAAGUGUCACUGUCAAAAUAGUUAGAGACCAAUGUAAUUAAUAAAAAACGAUUCUAUGCAAAGAAAUACAUCUAUUCAUAACUUUUUUUUUGUCCUAGGUAACUUUGUUUGUUUAAAAUAAACUAUUAAAGUUGCUAUUUUUUUCGAGGUUAAACACGGUGAGAUAGGGAGAUUUUACUUUUUUUUGGGUUCAACUUAAACUUUCAUAUAAAACUAAAAGUUAAAGAAUUCUUAAAAACUAUCAGUCUGUAGAGGAAAAAAAGACGAAUUUUUUAGUUAAAUAAUAAUUUUCUGACCUAAAAUAUUAAGCGUAACUUAAUUAUUAUUUUAUGUGGAAAUUCUGUCGAAUAAAUAAUAAUAAUAAAUCGAA